CCCUCGGGGAAGAAUAACGGGACCUCAGAACAGCACGUCCGGAUUCGCUUCGUCAAGAAGAAAAAGGUCAUUAUAAAGAAAAGAAAGAAGCUAACUAGACCCAGACCACUGGUGACUACCGGGCCUCCAGUGAUCACCACCCCUGCGGGAGCCCUUGACCUCCCAGAGGAGAAGGAACCAGGCUGCCCCCCUUUGGGCCUGGAGUCCCUGCGAGUUUCAGAUAGCCAGCUCGAGGCAUCCAGCAGCCAGUCCUUUGGUCUUGGACCACACCGGGGACGGCUCAACAUCCAGUCAGGCCUGGAGGAUGGUGAUCUCUAUGAUGGGGCCUGGUGUGCUGAGCCUCAGGAUGCUGAGCCGUGGCUUCAGGUGGAUGCCAGGCACCCCACCCGCUUCUCGGGCAUCAUCACACAGGGCAGGAACUCUGUCUGGAGGUACGACUGGGUCACAUCAUACAAGGUCCAGUUCAGCAAUGACAGCCGGACGUGGUGGGGGAGCAGGAACCGUAGCAGUGGGAUGGAUGCGGUAUUUCCUGCCAAUUCAGACCCAGAGACACCGGUGCUGAACCUCCUGCCUGAGCCCCAGGUGGCCCGCUUCAUUCGCCUGCUGCCCCAGACCUGGCUCCAGGGAGGCGAUUCCUGCCUCCGGGCAGAGAUCCUGGCCUGCCCUGUCUCAGAUCCUAACGACCUAUUCCCUAAGGCCGCUGCACUGGGAUCCUCUGAUCCUUUGGACUUCCGGCAUCACAAUUACAAGGCCAUGAGGAAGCUGAUGAAGCAGGUGAACGAGCAGUGCCCCAACGUCACCCGCAUCUACAGCAUUGGGAAGAGCCACCAGGGCCUGAAGCUGUACGUGAUGGAAAUGUCGGACCACCCUGGCCAACAUGAGCUGGGAGAGCCUGAGGUGCGCUAUGUGGCCGGUAUGCAUGGGAAUGAGGCCCUGGGGCGGGAGUUGCUCCUGCUUCUGAUGCAGUACCUGUGCCGUGAGUUCCUGCGAGGGGACCCGCGGGUGACCCGGCUGCUCACCGAGACACGUAUUCACCUGCUGCCCUCCAUGAACCCUGAUGGUUAUGAGACUGCCUUUCGCCGGGGCUCGGAGCUGGUAGGCUGGGCAGAGGGCCGCUGGAACCAGCAGGGCAUUGACCUUAACCAUAAUUUUGCUGACCUCAACACACCGCUGUGGGAAGCAGAGGAUGACGGGCUAGUGCCUGACACCGUCCCCAACCAUCACCUGCCACUGCCCACUUACUACACCCUGCCCAACGCCACCGUGGCUCCCGAAACGCGGGCAGUGAUCGAGUGGAUGGAGCGGAUCCCCUUUGUGCUGAGCGCCAACCUCCACGGGGGUGAGCUCGUGGUGUCCUACCCGUUCGACAUGACUCGGACCCCGUGGGCUGCCCGUGAACUCACGCCCACCCCGGAUGAUGCCGUAUUCCGCUGGCUCAGCACCGUCUAUGCUGGCACUAACCGGGCCAUGCAGGACCCAGACCGCCGACCCUGCCACAGCCAAGACUUCUCCUUGCACGGCAACAUCAUCAACGGCGCUGACUGGCACACAGUCCCCGGGAGUAUGAAUGACUUCAGCUACCUGCACACCAACUGCUUUGAGGUCACCGUGGAGCUGUCCUGUGACAAGUUUCCUCACGAGAACGAGCUGCCCCAGGAGUGGGAGAACAACAAAGAUGCCCUCCUCACCUACCUGGAGCAGGUGCGAGUGGGCAUUGCAGGAGUUGUGCGGGACAAGGACACAGAACUCGGGAUUGCCGAUGCUGUCAUUUCUGUGGACGGGAUUAACCACGAUGUAACGACAGCAUGGGGCGGGGAUUACUGGCGCCUGCUGACCCCAGGGGACUAUAUGGUGACCGCCAGUGCUGAGGGCUAUCACUCAGUGACGAGGAGCUGCCGGGUCACCUUUGAAGAGGGCCCAGUGCCCUGCAAUUUCCACCUCACCAAGACUCCCAAACAAAGACUUCGAGAACUGCUCGCCUCCGGGGCCAAAGUGCCCCCAGACCUUCGGAGGCGUCUGGAGCGCCUGAGGGGGCAGAAGAAUUAACACCUCCAGGUGAACAGCCCCAGAGCCUUGGGCAGGCUGGACCUGUCCAGAACUGAAAGCGGGAGGGACAGAGUUGGGGGAGAGGUGCUGAGGCUCAUUAAAGCUACUUGGUACCUCA